AACCCCGGAAGUGGGCGGGAGAGGAAGCAGCUGGUGAUGCUGGAACAAACAUGGCAGCUCCGGCGCCCGUCGGCCUCUCGGGCUCCGGCUCUCCUCGGCUGGCCGCCGGCCUCCGGCUGCUCCCGCUACUGGGGCUGCUGCAGCUGCUGGCCGAGCCCGGCCUGGGCCGCGUCCACCACCUGGCACUCAAGGAUGAUGUGAGACAUAAGGUUCAUCUGAACACCUUCGGAUUCUUCAAGGAUGGGUACAUGUGGGUGAAUGUCAGUAGCCUUUCAGUGAACGAGCCUAAAGGAGCCACAGACAAGGACACAACUAUUGGAUUCAGCCUAGACCGUACAAAGAAUGAUGGAUUUUCUUCUUAUCUGGAUGAAGAUGUGAAUUAUUGUAUUUUAAAGAAACAAUCUGCCUCUGUCACCCUUCUAAUCCUAGACAUCUCCAGAAGUGAAGUGAGAGUAAAAUCUCCACCAGAAGCUGGUACCCAGUUACCAAAGAUCGUCUUCAGCAAGGAGGAGAAAGGCCUUGGUCAGAGCCGGGAGCCUGGUGUUAAGCCUGUUUCAACAAGCAGCCAGACCCCGAAAAAACCAGAUGGCGGAAAAUCUAAAGGUAGUACAGUGGAUUCAAAGGCUACAGGAGAGAAGUCUUUUUCCGUUCAUAAUAAUGAUGGAGCUGUUUCAUUUCAGUUUUCCUUUAACAUCAGCACUGAUGACCAAGAAGGCCUCUACAGUCUUUAUUUUCAUAAAUGCCUUGGAAGUGAAGCAUGGUCUAAUGACAAGUUUUCAUUCAGCCUUGAUAUUGAGAUCACAGAGAAGAAUCCUGACAGCUACCUCUCAGCAGGAGAAAUUCCUCUUCCUAAAUUAUACAUUUCUAUGGCCUUUUUCUUUUUUCUCUCUGGGACCAUCUGGAUUCACAUCCUUCGAAAACGACGGAAUGAUGUAUUUAAAAUUCACUGGUUGAUGGCGGCCCUUCCUUUCACCAAGUCUCUUUCCUUGGUGUUUCACGCAAUCGACUACCACUACAUCUCCUCCCAGGGCUUUCCGAUCGAAGGCUGGGCGGUUGUGUACUACAUCACUCACCUCUUGAAAGGGGCGCUCCUGUUCAUCACCAUCGCGCUCAUUGGCACUGGCUGGGCUUUCAUUAAGCACAUCCUUUCUGAUAAAGACAAAAAGAUCUUCAUGAUUGUCAUCCCACUCCAGGUCCUGGCGAACGUGGCCUACAUCAUCAUAGAGUCCACGGAGGAAGGGACCACUGAGUAUGGCUUGUGGAAGGAUUCCCUGUUUCUGGUGGACCUGCUGUGCUGUGGAGCCAUCCUCUUCCCCGUGGUGUGGUCGAUCAGGCAUUUACAAGAAGCAUCAGCAACAGAUGGAAAAGCUGCUAUUAACUUAGCAAAGCUGAAACUUUUCAGACAUUAUUACGUCUUGAUCGUAUGUUAUAUAUACUUCACCAGGAUUAUCGCAUUUCUCCUCAAGCUUGCUGUUCCGUUCCAGUGGAAGUGGCUCUACCAGCUCCUGGAUGAAAUGGCCACGCUGGUGUUCUUCGUUCUGACGGGGUAUAAGUUCCGUCCAGCUUCAGAUAACCCCUACCUACAACUUUCUCAGGAGGAAGACGACUUGGAAAUGGACUCUGUAGUGACGACAUCAGGGGUGAUGGAGAACAUGAAGAAAGUCAAGAAGGUGACCAAUGGUUCGGUGGAGCCACAGGGCGACUGGGAAGGCACCGCGUGAUGGAGCAGUUCAGAGGCGAGGCUGGCAGAGGACACGUUUAAUUUAUUCCUAGUCCUAUCGGGGAGCGAGAGCAGUGGGCACCUCUCGACGGAGACAGCACAGCACGUGGCUGGGAGCAAAGGGCCACGGAAACCUAAUUUUUCACUCUCUUUUAUGGAAGCUGGAUCUGUGGCUGGUUAUAGGCAGCUCGAAUUCUCCUGCAGGUGGGAGUGGUGGGGAGGGGUGAAGAGAGGAGGAGGAUAAAAGGAAGACUUGGGUUUUAAUUUACAUUUCUGUUUUUUUAAAUUGGGAACUCUCAGUGUCGGUGACGGGGGAAGGCGGACAGCAGUGUGUCCACAGACACUCGGGCGCAGGGGUGAGGCUUUAGGAAAUGAGUGGUUGUCCGGAGAGGGGACAGGGACUUGCAGAGAAGGGGAAGGAGGGAGAGUACUGCGGCAUCUUUUGGGGAUGAAAACGAACAAGGUUAGGUUCUUUUAGAAAGCAGAGUCAAGACCCAGUGUAGUACGUAGCGCCCGCCCCAGGAUUCCUGGCCCUGAACCCUGCCCCAGAGCUUUAUCCCAGAUUCUGAGAGUGACCGGAGGCAGCAGUCCUCGGAGGGCUGCAGUGUCACUGUCAGAGUCAGGGCCCCGGGACUCAACCUGGCCCAGCUGGUGGGAAAUCGUUUUCUCGAUUGAAGUGUGUUCUGCGUUGCCCAAUGGAGGGACAGAAAUGUUUUUAAGCUGAAAAAGCUUCUCCUGUAGGAUUUCCCUGAACAUCUGGCUCACCCGACUGCCCAGAACAGCGCCGUCUCUAAUGUCCCUCUCCUCUCGCAGCUGUGUCUGUUCUGUGUGAUCAGGACACAGGGACGUGGGAAGGACGCUUCCUGAAGGAGCAGCUGAGACAGAAGGAUAAUGUUGAAGCAAACCCUCAAGUACAAGGAGGUUGUCAUCGUUAAAAAGCGUUCCCUAGAAGCCAGUAGGCCUGCUGUCAGGAGUGAGGCCGACCUCGGCCCUGUGGUCCGGGGCUGUGCGUGCAGAGGAAGUGAGUGUGCGGAGCGGGGUUGUACUCGCAGGGUGUGGGGAUGGUGGGACCUUCACAGAAACUUGGUGGGCUUCCCUCCCAAACUUCCAGAGCUCGGAGAGGAGCACAGGUGGCUGUCUCGGGUGAGCAGCGUUACACCUCCUCGCUACGGCCUUGGGCUAGCAGGACAAGCCCAGAGAGCCCAUGGUGCCUGAGGGCGUGGCAGUGCUUGCCAGUCAUUUCCUCCUAAGGCUCUGGUUGCCCCGGCUGAAGAUGGGGAAGCUUCCUAGUGCGGGGGGCCGGCCGGCUGGGUGGGGGUGGCUCCCAGUGCCCACGGGUGUCAGAAGCCUGAGCACUCCCAGCGGGGGCUCGCCUCCUGGGUGCUGGACAGUGACCAUGUCUGGUGGUUUUCUUACUCUGGCUUGGAAGGGUCCGUCAGAAGCCACAGGGUUUAAGGGUGGCGCUCAGCGUCCCCGGUUUGGGAACCUGAGGAGUCCCUACUCAGAAAACAGUGUUUCCCUGUCCUGUGCUGUCGUCGCUUCCUGAAUGACAGUGAGGAAGCAGGUGUCCUUUUCAUGCACUUUGAUGAGCCCUCUGCCCGCCCCGCCCCGCCCUGCCCCGCCCCGCGCGGAGGCCCGGUUCUGCCCCGCGUCCUCUGAGGCCGUUGCUUCUCGCCUCCGCAGGUACUUUAGGGGAGGGUUUGUGUGUCUUCCUUUUUCCAGGAGCAAGGAAAUAGGCCCUCAGUGUUCAUCUAAGAGACUUUUUUUUUUUAAAGUUAACUUGGAGCUGUGUGACAGGAGAAGGAAGUUGCAGGGCGGAUGGCAGUAUUUUUCAGACUCUGUUUUCCUGUGUGUGGACACAAUCCCAGGCCUUCAAAAUGUGUCUCAGGCUGUGGCCAAAACCCGCUUCAGCGCUCUCCUCGGAGGGACGCACUUGCUGUUUGCCUGUGAGCAGAUGUUCUUGACUAGGCCACAGGCUCCUUGGCAAGAAUCGGAGGUAGGAGGAAACCUCCCCCGAGAGGGGUCUCCACGGAGGGGGCCUUGUUUCAUGUGCCGGCAGCGGGGAAGGAGGCGAGUGAAGGAGUUGGGGGGACGAGGCAGAGCUCGUGGGGGCCGGCGCCAGGUGGUGCCCCCUGCCUCCUUCUCCGGCAGGUCCCUGAGCCCCAGCAGCCACAGGAGGGCGUGCCAGAGGCCUGGACUUCUUUGUGGGACGGGGCCUCCUUCAAGUCCCAGGCGGCCCUCUGGGCUCGCUCACAGGCGGCUGCAGUUUCACAGUCGCAGCCCGUCUGGAACAGGAAGGUGCGGAGGAGCUAAUGUGGUGGUUAGAGAUGAAGGCAGGCUGUCUGCCCAUGUCCUGGGUUGUAACUGGCAGGAGAUUUGAAGUCAGGCCAGUGAUCAAGAGAAAUCAAAACCCCAGCCCAAGACGGGAAAAGAGGUGGUAGCUCACGUUUUUACGAAAUGGUUUUGGCUCUCCGUCCUGUUCUAUAAAAACCUGUUCUCUUUCUCUGUCGCUUAAUAGCUGUGACCAGCAUUCAGCUCUGCUCUUGAGUACAGAUGACUGAUUGGGGUCCAGAGGCAAGUCGUUUCACCAGCCAGCAGCUCACUUCCUGCAGCCUGAUUUUCAGUCCACUUGGGCUCUUUGUGAUUCCGUGUUCCAGCGGUUAAGGCCUUUCAGUGUUUCAGGGACUGGGCAGAAAGGGUCGGCGCACAUCAUAGAGUGACUGGUGGUAUUUAUAGCUUCGCUUUGUGCUCCUGCUCCAUUUCUGCCUACGCACAGUAUCCGCGCUUCCUCUGAGAAAUCUGCUGUGGCCUGGAGUGCGGCUGGCUGUGAGAUUUUAGGAAGUAAAGGAUUUAUUUUCCUUUAAUAAAGUGUCGUAUUUUGCUAGAAAAUUACUUCUUGGACAACUAGGACAAUCAUUGAUCUCUUAUUUCUGGCUCUUAAGGGUAGCCAGAGACUCCGUCUGCCUGUGUCUCUGUCCCUCAGUGCUUUGCAGUUUCAGCAGCAGUGUGGUUUAUGCUGCUGAGUGCGACUGGUGGAUGGACGGCUCAUUCUCUGGUAAAGAGGAGCUGUCUCUGGUGUAAAACAGAUGGUUUCUUAGGUCAUAGCCUGAGUCAGUUUUCUUUCAAGAAACCACUUUAGAGUAGAAUUUCCAGCUUUUUACCCUGGACAUGUCCAGCCAGUGGAGGCAGCAACCAGUCUGUUCAUCAGUCCACUUCACAUGGCUGUCACGGCGAGGUGUCCACUCGCUCUGUGGUCUCAUCAGGAUCUCUGCUCCUUCCUGUUCCACAGCCUCCCCUCCCUCACCCCCCCGCUGCGGCCCACGCCCAUCCAUCCACGGAGUCAGUCUGGGAAUACAGACUGAAGCCUUCGGUGCAUUGCAGCAUCUUCUCCCAGCAGCUGUGUGAAGGAUGUAUUUUCCAGGCUAAGGAAGAUUUUUAUCAUGAGAGCACAUACUGACGUCAUAUGUUAUUGCUUUGGACCGUGUAUGAUGUUCUGCCCCUGCACUGAAACCUUGUCUUGUUUUAGUACUUAAGAAUCUGCCACAAGGAGCCGCUCCUUACCGACCGAGGAGCAGUGUCAAGAUGCCAGUUUUAAUUGUGAGUGGUUCUGGCCAUAUCCCCAUCCUGGAACGUUUCCUUCAAGGAAGGCUCUUAGGACGCAAGACUGUCUGAUGACAUUGUUGGCCCUGCUCCGUACGCCUGGUAGAAAGUGGUUGAAAGUUGGUGCCUUGUGCAACCGAGCAGCUGAAUUUCAGAGGAUGUAGGUCCUAGCCCACUCCUCACCCUGUCCCCACCCUCCACGCCUCACCCCUGACUUCUCUGACCCACUCCGGCCUUUUAACAGAUUCAGAAUAAGCCAAGUUAGGAUGCCUAUGGCCUGCUGCUUUUUUUUGCCUUCAGAAUCCAGCAAAGUAAUGGCUUCCCCACUAAAGAAGUUAGACCUUGAAUUGAUACCUCUUAGUAUUAUCAAAAACUAUACCAGACUUUCUAGAAGAUUUGUCCUUUAUGCCAGUUUUCUCUGGGCUGUUUUUGGCAGGAGAUCUUAAAAGAGGUCCACCUGAGUUGACGUGGGUCUUGUCACCAGCACCUGGAGCUCAGUCAUUGCUCGUCAAGCUGAACCCUCUCCGUCCCCCCAUCCACUCUGCUUCUGUUGCCUGGCGGUGUGUCCGCUGUCUCUGCGGGGCUUGUGCGUGAAAGAGAGGAUGUUUUUCCCUGACUCACUGCUAGGAUGUGGGACAUGCACAUGCCUGAGAGGUGUGUAACGAAAGCACACGGGGAGGGGGGACAGAGAGGUGCGGGAGCAAGGAUUUGGUCGUGUUGCGCCAGGGACCUUUGGGAUUCUAGCGGCAGGAGGCCUGCGCACAGGCCGGUGGGAAGGAGGAGUUCUUGAUAAAGUCAGUAAAGGCAAAGUGAGACAGAAAAGCCCACUCACUCCCAAGACAGCAGGCUGACUUCAAGGCGGGGGUUUGAGGUUUGGUGGUGAGCAACCAGUCGGGGCCAGACAGUCAAACUUCCCAGCAUUUAAGGCACUCAUCACAAAACGAUCCAGAAACCCUGUCCACACAAGGUUGACGCCGUAAGCAGCUUUUGCAGAUCAAAAACUGGAUUUGCCUAGUCAGUGACCUCGAACUCAAGACACACCUAAUCCAGAAAUAAGUUUCAUUUGGGGGGAGAAAAUGUCUGUAAAUAUUUCCAGCUUAUAUUGGGAUGCAGAAGAAGUUUUCAGUAUUUUUCUUAACACUAAUGACCAUUGAAGAGUAUUUAUGGAAACAUAACGAGCGGGUGGGGGUUCCGAUCGGGGUGCUAUGGGGGACAGAUUCUCUCGCUGUGAUGCAAACAUGUAAAAUAAAGAUUCUAUGACGGAA